UACGCCUCCCUCCCGCAUUAUCCAUCCUCUUCGCCGUCACAUUCUCUUCCCUUCCCCCGCUGGGCCCGUCCAUCAUCACCGCAGGAUCUCAAACCUACGGCCCAGAUUCAACCCCUUGUCCCUCUGCGUGUGUUUCUUCCUUGCGUUCCCAACGCCAGCAUCUCCAUACUGUGACCCUCCCCGCUGGCCCCAGUUUUCAUCAGAUCGGCCACUUCUUCUCUCAAUUUCUCCGCUUCCUUUUUUUUCUUCUUCUUUUCAAUUCUUGGGUACCGUGUAUAUAUACAGACGAGCCCGUAUUGAGGAAGUUCAUACUUUCUACAGAUUCCUUUUCCGCCAUUGUUGUCCUGGUUAUCGACUUUCUUGUCUAAAAUGGGGGCGAAAUCGUUGCUGGCCACUCUGUUCAUUUCGUCCCUUCUGUUCCCCAUCAUCUUCUCCGCGGCAGAUGAUGGGUUUAUCAGAAUUGGGUUGAAAAAGGUGAAAAUUGAUCGGAACAAUCGGGUUGCCUCAGGGCUUGAUACGAAAGCCAGAGACUCUGUGAGGGUGUCUGGGAGGAAGUACAACUUACUUGGUAGGCAUGGGGAUUCAGGUGACACUGACACUGUAGCACUGAAGAAUUACAUGGAUGCUCAAUACUUUGGUGAGAUUGGUGUUGGAACUCCUCCUCAAAAGUUUACUGUUAUCUUUGACACUGGAAGCUCUAACUUAUGGGUUCCCUCAUCCAAGUGUUAUCUCUCGGUGGCCUGUUUCUUCCAUUCAAAGUACGCAUCUAGCCAAUCCAGUACUUACAAGAGCAAUGGGAAACAUGCCGAAAUUCAUUAUGGAACUGGGGAGAUAGCUGGCUUCUUCAGCCAAGACGAUGUCAAAGUUGGUGAUCUUGUUGUAAAGAAUCAGGAAUUUAUUGAGGCAACAAGUGAGCCGGGCGUGACAUUUUUAGUAGCCAAGUUUGAUGGAAUCUUGGGUCUUGGCUUCCAAGAGAUCUCAGUCGGAGAUUCUGUUCCAGUUUGGUACAACAUGGUGAACCAAGGUUUAGUCAAGGACCCGGUCUUCUCAUUUUGGCUAAACCGGAAGGUAAAAGAAGAAGAAGGUGGAGAAAUUGUGUUUGGUGGCGCUGACCCAAAACACUAUAAAGGGGAACACACAUAUGUUCCCGUGUCAAAGAAAGGUUAUUGGCAGUUUGAGAUGGGCGAUGUUCUAAUCGGCGGUAAACCUACUGGGUACUGUGGCAGUGGAUGUUCGGCCAUUGCAGACUCUGGAACUUCUUUGUUAGCUGGUCCAACGUCUGUUAUAACGAUGAUCAACCAUGCCAUUGGGGCUGAUGGAGUAGUCAGCAAAGAAUGCAAAGCUGUGGUUGAAAAUUAUGGGCAAAGAAUCAUUGAUUUGCUAGUGACGGAGGCACGGCCAAAGAAGAUAUGCUCCCAAGUUGGGCUGUGUACCUUUGAUGGAAACCGUGGCGUUAGUAUGGGAAUUGAGAGCGUGGUGGAUGAGAAAGAUGGUAUAUCGGUCGGAUUACAUGAUGCAAUGUGCUCUGCCUGUGAAAUGGCUGUUGUUUGGAUGCAGAACCAGCUCAGUCAAAACCAGACUCAAAACAACAUUCUCUCUUACGCCAGCGAGCUUUGUGAGCGGCUGCCAAGUCCCAUGGGAGAAUCCGGCGUGGACUGUGGAAAGCUUUCCUCCAUGCCUACCAUUUCCUUCUCCAUUGGUGGAAAGGUCUUUGAUCUAUCUGCUGAGGAGUACAUAUUGAAGUUGGGAGAGGGCUCUGCAGCACAAUGCAUCAGUGGGUUUACUGCUUUGGAUGUCCCCCCUCCCCGCGGACCUCUCUGGAUAUUGGGAGACGUUUUCAUGGGCCGAUACCACACGGUUUUUGACUAUGGAAAGGCGCGCGUUGGAUUUGCUGAGGCAGCUUAGUUAUGGUGUGUUUGGAUUCUGGUUCUAAACCCUGCUUGUAUAUAUAUUGCCUCCCUCCCCUAUAAUGUAUAAUCCCAACAUAUAUUUCAUCCUUUGUUCAAUGGGUAUAUAUAUAUAUUUAUGUACUUUAAAAACAAAAUCCAAUCAAUGUCUUGUUUCUUCCUCAGCUCUGUUUUAGAUUCCU